CUCCGCCGGAAGCUCCGCGAGGCGUUCGAAACCCGGCGCGAGGCAGAAGCGGCGGCGCGAUGCCCGUGGAGGAGAACGGCGGAGCCUCGUCCGGGAGCCACGCAGGUGGGGAGCCGCCAAGGGAGGCCGGGCUGCCUCCUCAGGGUCCGGGGGGGGGAAGGGGUGUUUAUUGUGGGCUAAGGGGUCUCCCGAGCAUGUGCAGAGCGCUGGUGCUCUCUCUCCGCCUCGCCCGCAGAAAGCCCGGGAAGGAAAUCCCAGCAGCAGCGCCCUUCUUUUUAUCGCUUAUUGUGCAGGCGAGGCUACCUCCCCCAAGGUUGCCCUAGAGCAUGUGCAGAGUGCGCUCCCCUCCCCAAAAAUAAUAAGCGCCCUUAUUUUUUCUAUUUAUUGUUCUUUGCACGCCGCCAUCGCUUUGGCUGGAUGGUAGCUUUGGAAGCCUGGAGGAGCUCUCUAUGUAUAUCUAUAGAUAUAUAUAACUAUAUAUGAUUAUAUAUAUAAUAUAUAAAUCUAUAUCUAAAUAUAUCUAUAUAUCUAAAUAUAUCAUAUUAUAUUAUAUUGUAUUGUAUUGUAUUGUAUUGUAUUAUAAUAUUAAAUAUAAUGUAUUACCUAUAUAUAUAUUAAAUAUAUACAUCUCUCUAUAUAAAUAUAUAUCUAUAGAUAUUUAUUUAUAUGAAUAUAUAUUUAUAUUUAAUAUCUAUUAUAUUAAAUAUAAAUAUCUAUAUAGGUAUGCGAGAGGAGGGAAGUCAGAGAGGUGAAAAAAAAUAUGGGGCUGGUGUUGGUGGGAUUAUAACCUCUUUCAUGAGGAUAAGUCGGAAUUUAGCAAAGUAGGGUGCAGCUUUCCUCCCCCCUCCAAAAAACAAACAAACAGAAAAGUUUGUAGCACUGAUCCUCAAGCCAAAGUAAAACUUAACAUGCUGCUAUUAUUUUCCACCUCAUUUCGCUUUGUAGCUGGUGACCGGUAUCCGUUACUUGUUUGUAUUGUUCUUGAUGAACGCUAUAUUACGAAGAGACAACAAGGGGGGGACGAUGGAAGAAUUCGGGAAAGAGAUGGUGGCAAAGGGUUUGGAAGUCUUUUAAGAUAGAGGAUUCAGGAGCUAGAACCAACAAGUACUGUGUUUUAUAUAUGCGGCGGGGUGUGUGUGAAACACAUAAUAAGAAGCAACAGAUACUGUGUGUGUGUGUGUGUGUGUGUGUGUGAGUGAAUAUAUGCUGCCCCCUCUCCCUGGCCUACUUUUAUUUUUGCCCAGGUGCCCUAGACCAUGUUAGCGGUUUCCUAGUCAUGCUUGUCUUGUGUUUUUCUUUAGGACACCUGCAGGAAGACAUGGGUGCAGAAGUUGGAGCCACCGAAAUCACAGCAGCGAUGUUGCAGGAGGAGAAGCAGCUUGAGGCAGAAGGAAUAGAGGAAGAGAGGCAGAUAAUGGAGAAGGUAAAGUGCGUUUGCUGCAAGUUCUCCAAGGAGAGUUUGGGUUUAAGGGGGGUGGAGUAUGCAGUUAUUAAUAAUAACCAGAAAUCCUUUUAUUUGAAGUAUUUGUGCCCUGCCAUUCCUUGUAAAAAAAAACUUCUGAGCAGCUCGCAGAAUAACCCAAGACAUAAAACUAUAUAAUAAAUAAGAAACAUAGCUUGCGUAGAAUUAAAAGCAGUCACAGCUGGCUUUGUGACAAUGCUGCAGUCCAAACCAAGGUGAUUUAUAGAUACUUGUUUCAUCUUGCAGGUUGAAAAAUUUGCUGUAGGCAUUGAAGUGAGAUCCCUUCUACCUGGUACUGGCUUGUUGAAAAAUUCCCAUAAUCUGUUAAUCACUUAAGAACCCAAGAAGAGCUGGGUCACACCAAAGGCCUGUCUCCCCCAUCCGGCAUCUGUUUCCCCCGCAGUGGCCAUCCAGAUUGCCAACUAAGGGCAAUCAUGCCCUUAGUUAUCACUUGCAUGAUGGAAAUACAGUGGUACCUUGGGUUAAGUACUUAAUUCGUUCCGGAGGUCCGUUCUUAACCUGAAACUGUUCUUAACCUGAGGCACCACUUUAGCUAAUGGGGCCUCCUGCUGCCGCUGCGCCACUGCCGCACGAUUUCUGUUCUCAUCCUGAAGCAAAGUUCUUAACCCGAGCUAAUAUUUCUGGGUUUGCGGAGUCUGUAACCUGAAGCGUCUGUAACCCGAGGUACCACUGUAGUCUGUAACCCCCCCCCCUUUUUGACUGAAGUGUCUAGUGCUUAAUAUAAACAAAUUUUAUGUUAUUUCCUUAAGAAAAUAGGUUACUCUGAUGGUUCCCCUACCUUCUUGGGCCCUUGUCUCCAAGGUUAGAGGAUACGUUUUAAAGAAUGGGAAUAAAAUGUAUGGCAUUUGCUGUUUCCCUUAAAUUUGAAGUCUGGCUAGUAAGCGUGUGUUCAGAUGCAUCCUACUUGGUAGGGCUUCCAUCAUUUAGAUUAAGGAAAUGUUGGGUAGUGUAAUCUGGAACUUUAAAAAGGCCCUACAUAAAUUGAUUGAGGCAGCUCUUCCAUCAUGACUACUGCUGUCCCAGAAGGUGAUGUUGAUUAACCCUUGCACUAUGGUUGAUGUUGUGACCUAGGUACAAUUAUUGUAAGAUACCGCAUUUCAGAUUUAAAUUCUUUGGGGCAAACUCUCCAGAGAUUCUUUGAAAUAAAAUUUGGUUGCAAUAAAAGACAACAACCAGGCAGAGGGCCUUCUCGGUAGUGGCGCCCGCCCUGUGGAAUGCCCUCCUACCAGAUGUCAAAGAGAAAAAUAACUACCAGACUUUUAGAAGACAUCUAAAGGCAGCCCUGUUUAGGGAAGCUUUUAAUGUUUAAUAGGUUAUUCUAUUUUAGUGUUUUGUUGGAAGCCGCCCAGAGUGGCUGGGGAAACCCAGCCAGAUGGGCGGGGUACAAAUAAUAAAUUAUUAUUAUUUCCAAUACUUCUUGUGGAAAGCUAAAGAAGAGUUGAGUGACCUCGGUUUAAUAUUGGUUUCUCUUUCUAUUGACAAUGUGCUGUGCAUUUUAAUGGCUGCAAUAAUACCACACUGAGUUACUGCUGAUAAUGGCUUCUUGUUUGUCUCCUAGGCUCGCAUGUCCUGGGACAGAGACUCAACUGAAAUGCGCUACAAGAGGCUUCAACACUUGCUUGAGAAAAGCAACAUCUACUCGAAGUUCUUGCUGACCAAAAUGGAACAGCAGCAGCUGGAGGUAAGUGUCCUCUAAAGUUGGAAGUGAAGAAAUUAGAUUUGUGUGUCUGAUAAAGUACAUUAAAAAAGUACGCUGAUGUGAGCCUCAGGUUCACAUGCCUUCCCCUCUGGCUGUAAAGAAGGGUUGAGAACCUUUCAGUUGCAUUUAUGAUUGGCCACAGUUUGUUUUUUCUGAAUUGAACAAUAUUUAGUUUUAAAUAUUGUUUGUUUGAAACAAGCCUUCAAACAAUGGGUUAUGGAGCUGGCUUGUUGCAGCAAACCAUGGUUAAUAUUUACCAAAGUUUAGAACUCGGGCGUUGAUACAGUUCUCAGGACAUCUUAGCACAGCCAUUGAGAGGUAUCCGUAACACUUAGGACACUCAGCAUUCAUCAUAAUAAAAAUGAAGCUAUUUCUAUAUUUGGUCUCCUUUUUUACUUGUGUAGACUCUUGAAAGUUCAAUUCUUAUGCAUAAUUUCAACAGCAUUCAUUUAACACUGGCUCUGAAAGUUACAAAACAGUACAUGAAGCAGGGUAGAUUUAGAGUGUUGUUUUAAGCUUUUAAGGAAUGCGGGUGGCACUGUGGGUUCAACCACAGAGCCUCGGGCUUGCCGAUCAGAAGGUUGGCAGUUUGAAUCCCCGCGGCGGGAUGAGCUCCCGUUGCUCGGUCCCUGCUCCUGCCAACCUAGCAGUUCAAAAGCACAUCAAAGUGCAAGUAGAUAAAUAGGUACUGCUCCGGCAGGAAGGUAAACGGUGUUUCUGUGCGCUGCUCUGGUUUGCCAGAAGCGGCUUAGUCAUGCUGGCCACAUGACCCGGAAGCUGUACGCCGGCUCCCUCGGCCAAUAAAGCGAGAUGAGCGCCGCAACCCCAGAGUCGGCCACGACUGGACCUAAUGGUCAGGGGUCCCUUUACCUUUACCUUUAAGCUUUUAACAAGUCUGCUAUAAGGUCAUUUUAAGAAUGGAGAUAGAAUGGUUUGUUUCCCAGUAUCACAUUUAAAUAUGUUAAGUUCGUUUUGCUGCCCAAACAUUCCCUUCUUUCAGAUACCCACCUGCCUGCACUAUUUCCUCCAGUAUUUACAGAAUAUAGAAUGUAGAUGCACUGUCUCAAAAUGCCACAGUAGUGGUUGAGGCGUAAAACAUGCUUGCCUCUUAGUGUAAAGAAAUAAAAGGAAACAAACCCUUACUGGCAGAAUAGAUGUUUCACAGCCAUUGGGUGGCAAGUGGAAUAUUUCCUUAACUUGGUGGCAACUUUCAGAUCUGGACCCUGGAUAUAAACAUGUCAACAUAAAAUGCCCGUUAUUGAGGAGUUUAGAGUCUUUUUACUUGCUGUUAAUAAGAUUGGUAAACUGAUGUGUGCUUUCAACCUUGUUCUUAGGCUGCAUUGGACAUUUAAAUCUGUUGCGGUAUUUUUCGCAAUGCUUUAAAAUGCUUGAGAGAUUUGGUGGAUAGAAACGUGUAUUCUUUUUCUUUCUUUAAGGAGCAAAGAAAGAAAGAAAAGCUAGAAAAGAAGAAAGCAUCACCAAACACUACAAAGGUAAAAUAAUUUUCUUUAGGGAAAUUCUUUUCUUUAGGGAAAGGUUUCUUGGGUGAUAGUGGGAGAAAGUUAAGUCCCUGGUUGAAGGAGAUAAGAGUGCCUUGGUUACCCAGGUGGAAAAUGGGUAAUUUGACCCUGUUUGGAAGAACCGCUGGAGGAGUCCAUAUCCUGUGGGUACUGCUUUUCCUAACUGUGUUCCUGGUUUUGAAGCUUGUUGCUGUAGCUGAACUGCUUCUUAACAGCUUCGGUUGGCUAAAACAUCUGCUGGAAGAUAGAGACUCCGCUACCUGAAGACUUCUAGUUAUGUUCUGUGUGGGGCUGACUUGAGAAAAAAGUAUUUCUGAAACCCUUUGGCUAUCCAGCAUUGGUCAUGCACAAGAGUAGACCCAUUAAAAUUAGUGGGUUGAUACUAAUUUGCCCUACGCUAGGUUUUUAAUUUUGUUUGCAUUUUAUUUUUUUAAAAAGGUCAAAUACUGUUUGAUACAGCGAAGCAGUAUUUGUUUUAAAACAUUUAUAUUAAAGAGAGACCCUUGUGUGUACAUAAAGUUCUGUUGCAAUUGCUGGUAUGUUCUCUAGUUUCUGACCAUAGUGCAAUACACUUGUAGUGAGCUGAUGAUGAUGAUGAUGAUGAUUAUGAAGUCUUAUAUAAAAUAUAAGCUUGUUAAUGGUUUUGUCCUAAAUGCUUUGCUUCAGAAUGAAAAUGAUGGAAGAGAAGGAAAAUUGGGUAAGACUUACCACAUUCUUUUAAAAAAAACCUGUUGUGUUUUUGCUGUUAAAAGUUCAGCUGCUGAUUCCUGUCCAAUACUUUGUUGCAGCUGCAAAAAAGAAGAGAGCCAGAGAAGACGAAACCUACAGUAUUUCGGAAGUCAUAUCGAAAGAGGUAAAUAGCUAGGGUGAAAGUGCACCAAGGUUAUUGAGUGAUUUUCAUGGCUGUGUGGAGAUUUUUCCUGAUGCAAGUCUGCCCGGUAAACAACUCUGAAUUUUCAGUUAGGUAGCAUCUUUACAAUAUCUGUUUUAACGGCACAGUGAGUUGAAAGGGGAAUCCAUGUUAUCAAGGAGAACAGAAAAGGUUUUCAGUGGAUAUCACCAUUUAUUUUAAUACAAGGUACUGCUCCUGGUGCAUUCUGAUUUGGGUAGAAGAGCUGGCAUUCUUAAAAUACAGGCAUAACUGGGAUUUGAUCUGCUUGCCUCAAGAGGUGGUGUCUGUACCUGGAGGGAGCCUAAAAUGCUAUUUUGUUUCUUCCUUCCUACCUGCAUGCAUGGGCAUGUUCCCAGGCAGCGCAACAGGAUGUUGAAGCUAUGAGCAGCCUGGGCAUGCCUCCUUAACCCUGUCAAGGCCUCCCUUGCUACUCCCUGUGUCUUGGAGCAACUUUAGCUAAGCAGAGAGAGAAAAGUGGAUAUGAGAGAUGGAGGAGGAGGAGUAAUGAUGAUGAUGAUGAUAAUAAAUUUUAUUUAUAUCCCGGCCAAGACCAGGCUCAGAGCGGCUAACAUCAAAUAUAUAUUAACAGUCACCCCCCCAACUGUAUUACCUAGGUUAUGAAGGCACCCUAAAGACAUUAAAGCAAAGAUUAUGGGAUAAUGCACACAGUGACUUGCGAUCUCGAUCACACGCAGUCUGUAGUCCGCUGGCAGUAGGAGUACAAUAUGGGCAUGUCUUGUAAGUUAACAUCUUACAUUAAAAACUGGACAGUACCAAACUAUUGAAGGCUUUUCACCAAAGCCAGACUAAACGUCUUUCCUUCUGCAGUGUUGGAUGGCAGGUUGAGAGGAGUUCCCUACCAGGACAGACUUUGUUCGUGUGCUCAAGACAUCGAUUCCAUAAAACAUAUUUUGUUGCACUGUGCAAAAUAUGAGCAGGCCAGGGCUGAAUUGAUAUUACCCUUGCUGGUACCUUUCCCGGGAAAAUCAGAGGCUCACUAUGUCAGGUUCCUAUUGGAAGACCGGACAAACGCUAGAACAUUAGCAGUGGCAAAGUUUUUAUCGGUGGUUUCAAGAACCAAUGAUCCCUAUAUUCUGAACAGAAUGCUUGUUUAACCUGGAGGUAGGCUAUAUGAAGGGACGCGGGUGGCGCUGUGGGUAAAACCUCAGUGCCUAGGACUUGCCGAUCCUAUGGUCGGCGGUUCGAAUCCCCGCGGCAGGGUGAGCUCCCGUCUUUCGGUCCCAGCUCCUGCCCACCUAGCAGUUCGAAAGCACCCCUAAGUGCAAGUAGAUAAAUAGGUACCGCUUUAUAGCGGGAAGGUAAACAGCGUUUCCGUGUGCUGCGCUGGUGCUGGCUCGCCAGAGCAGCUUCGUCACGCUGGCCACGUGACCCAGAAGUGUCUCCGGACAGCGCUGGCCCCCGGCCUCUUAAGCGAGAUGGGCACACAACCUCAGAGUUGGACACGACUGGCCCGUACGGGCAGGGGUACCUUUACCUUUACCUUUAGGCUGGAUGAAUUGUGUAUUGCUUUGUAAUGAUUUGUUGGGUCUCUGGACCGUGAUAAAGAUUGAUGGUGAUGAUAUAUUAACAUAAAAUCAGGCAAUCGAUUAAAAUACAUCCUAAGAUCAAAUCAGAAUCAAAGUGAAAUCCAAUCGGAUGGCAACCCACAGAUUAGGGUUGUGGACCUUAAAUGCUCACCGGCCUAACUGUUUGCACUGAUCUUAUAUGAGCCUGUGAGAAAAGUUGGGGGGCCACUUUCAUACAAGUUCUUAUAAGGAGAGAGGGGGAGUCAGAAUGGACCCCCACCAAAGGCCUGGCGGAAAAGCUCCGUCUUGCAGGCCCUGUGGAAAGAUGUCAGAUCCCGCAGGGCCCUGGUCUCUUGUGGCAAAGCAUUCCACUAGCAUUAGCCACUAGCCAUAGCAAUAAAAUAAAAAUGUACUGAAGAUAGAGGUAAAAACUUAACUAUACAAAAUAUAUUUUGGAGGUUUACAUCAAUAAUCAGAUCUUGUUCUAAGUGCCCCCACUAAAAACCUUGCAGUUUUUGCUGUCACCUAAUCAUCUUGAUCUGCUAAAAGAAAGGACAUAGUAGGAAUGGUUUAGCAACUCAACAUGGAGAAUAACAGAGGGGUAAUAACCUCACUCCUCAAAUCUUUAUAAAGAGUGCAAGCCAGAAGCACAUGAACCACGGGCUCAAUACUGCCAUCUCCGCAAGGCCAUAACCGUUUUCCCAGUGGAAUUUUUUGAAAUCGACCCUCAAGUACAGCCAAAGGCAAUAUACCGUACUUUUUGCACCAUAACACUCAGUUUUUCCCCCCUAAAAGGUAAAGGGAAAUGUGUCUGCACGUUAUGGAGCGAAUGCAGGCAGGAGGAGCCACUCUUGCUGGCUGUUCGGCAGCCUCUCUUCCUCCGCUUGGCUUGCUGAGAAGCCGGCAACAGCUGAUCAACAGCUGAGUGUCGGGAGACAGCCUCUCUUUCUCCUGUCUGCCUGCUCUAUGGCUUUUUGGCGAGGUGGGCGCUCGGAAGCCGGCAAGAGCUGCGCGCAGCGUGUAAAAGCCAAGGUGGGGAAAGGGAGACAGCCUCUCUUUCUCAGUGUCUGCCUGCUUUAUGGCUCUCCCUUACACAAAUGUAAGCGGCUCUUACUCUGCUUUCUUUACAAUGAGCUGGAAGGAGGGACAAAGAGGGCAUCCCCUUCCGUCCCUCCCCCAGCACCUCACCGGUAAAUUCAAACAAAGCGGCUUACAAGGCUCGUGUCCCUGAGUCUCCUCCUCCUCUUUUUGCUCCGGUUCGAGGCAAGGCAGCUGCACAAAUGUGAGUUCCCCCUCUCUCUUCCUUCAUCACUGUAUUGGAGAUACCAUACAUUACUGACAGUUCCUUCAUUCACGUGGUUACAAAGCAUGGAUCCACAUGGAUCCUCAGGAUUUUUGCAUUGGGCUAUCCCAAACUCACCGUCAGAUCACAUGUCUGUGGCCACAGCAUGAACCACAAAAAUCAUACAUCCACUGUUUCGUUUAGAAUUUUUUUUUCUUGUUUUCCUCCUCUAAAAACUAUGUGCGUGUUAUGGUUGGGAGCGUGUUAUAGAGCGAAAAAUGCGGUAUUCAGUCUUGCGAAAAUGAAAGCGCAUCUGUAUUUUGGAAUUGUUAAAUUCCUCAAAUGACUAGGUAGAAAAUAAUCAUACCAUGGGCAAAAUUUCCUUAUUGUGGCCAGAUAAUUCUGUCACUCGAUAUCAUAAUAGGCGCUGUCUAGUUAAAUUAUUUGCUUUACUGAAGCCCAGUGUUAGUAACUGUUGUGGUGAUAAACCAGAAAAGUAAAGCUUUUGGUUGACAAUUUUAGUCCCAAGCGCUCUCAUGACAACCUGGCAAUACUAAGGGUAGUAGACCAGUGGGGUUUAUAUUUAGGCGAAGCCAAUAAUUAAAUGUCGUGCGCCAAAUCUGUAAUUCAACAGAGGGGAGGUUAGUCUCUAAGUGCAAUCAAGCAUUUGGAAGACAGGAUGGAACAGAAAAAAAUUGCCCUAUAUAAAACGGUAGGAUCGCUACGGAGUUUGGGGUACAGGAGCGCUGAUGGUACGUCAUUCUUCUCAUUAGUCUUCUUGCACCUGCCCUCGCUGGCCACUGGCAGAUGGCUUCACUUGCAGAACAGGUUUUUCUGAACCCUUCGAAACACUCUGCUUAUCAGGAGAUGUCGUUCCAGUAGCUGUAACCGCACUGGCAGCAGCAAUAACUGCUUCAGACGGCACAAGAAAACCGAUGGUACUUAGCUCUGCAUGCUGUUCUCUUCCACUGUUUGUAUUUCUGAGAGCACUUGGAAAGACAGGGUUCAGAGCGCUUUAGGCCAGAGCUUUCCAAUCUGUGUGUCAUGACAAACCAGUGUGUCAGCUGCAGUCUGUGGAUAUGUCAUGCAAGUGUUCUCCACACGCCUCCCAGGGCUGGAAAGGGUUUAGUUUAACCUCUGGUUUGCUAAUAAAACUGAAUCACCGUGUCUAAGAAGUGUGUCAUGUUUGGAGAGCUCUGCUUUAGGCCUUCUAAAGCCAGUGUGGUGUAGUGGUUGAGAGCGGUGGACUCGUAGUCUGGUGAACCGGGUUCGCGUCCCCGCUCCUCCACAUGCAGCUGCUGGGUGACCUUGGGCCAGUCCCACUUCUCUGAAGUCUCUCAGCCCCACUCACCUCACAGAGUGUUUGUUGUGGGGGAGGAAGGGAAAGGAGAAUGUUAGCCGCUUUGAGACUCCUUCGGGUAGCGAUAAAGCAGGAUAUCAAAUCCAAACUCCUCCUCCUCCUCCUCCUCCUCUUCUUCUUCCUCUUCCUCUUCCAAACAGGCACAAGCCCUUCUCAUUGGAGGUUUAGAAUCUCUGUUCCAUAUUUGCAGUCUGCUUUGUCUGGUGUUCCUGGACUCGGGGGGGGGGGGGGGCGUUACGAUUGUCUUGUUGUCCUUCGACCUCAGGGGUCAGCAAACUUUUUCAGCAGGAGGCCAGUCGGCUGUCCCUCAGACCUUGUGGGGGGCCGGACUAUUUUGAAGGGGAAAAAAUGAGUGAAUACCUAUGCCCCACAAAUAACCCAGAGAUGCAUUUUAAAUAAAAGGACACAUUCUACCCAUGUAAAAACACCAGGCAGGCCCCACAAAUAACCCAGAGAUGCAUUUUAAAUAAAAGGACACAUUCUACUCAUGUAAAAACACCAGGCAGGCCCCACAAAUAACCCAGAGAUGCAUUUUAAAUAAAAGGACACAUUCUACCCAUGUAAAAACACCAGGCAGGCCCCACAAAUAACCCAGAGAUGGAUUUUAAAUAAAAGGACACAUUCUACUCAUGUAAAAACACGCUGAUUCCCAGACCGUCCGCGGGCUGGAUUUAGAAGGCGAUUGGGCCAGAUCUGGCCCCAGGGCCUUAGUUUGCCUACCCAUGUUCUACCUGUUCCACAGGGAUGAAGUUAGUCCCACUUUCAUGUCAUUGCACAGGCGUAUUUCUCAGCCUCUUCAGAGGUCUUCCUGUGUGCACCCCUGCCAAGUGAAGGGAGGCAGAAGUCCUUCUUAUCAGUGUCUUUUUUAGUGUUCCAAACAAACAGGUUUUGCAAACGAAGCUGCUGAUUAAUUGUUUCAUCUGCCAGAAAGGAGACUUUUGUGCUGCAUUUUCAUGUGUGGUUGUUUUUUUUUUAAAAAAAAGUUUGGAUUUUAAUAGUCAUUUUUACUCGGAUUUGUAGGCUGCCCAGGACCAUAUAAAUUUAGUAAAAAUAACAAUGCACUCCUCCCCUCCCCAGAUUUUAGCUAAGGCUUAAUGAAAUUUUGCUUCCAUGAUCUAGGUUAGGGGCACAGUGUCCCAUAGGAAGACAAACACUGUGACAAAAGUAUUGGCUGGAUGUGGUGAGUGAUGAACACCCACAUUCUUUCUGAUUUUUUGCUAUCUGGCAUCGUGAGUGCUCGCAUGGAGUAAAUAUUUUAGAUGUGCAUUAGCAUGCUCAGCAAUGCUUCUAUAUAUUAUACUGUAUAUGGAUGGCAUGUGUGAAUUAUAUUCAUGUUGUGUUAAAUGUGUGUGCCCUUCAUUUCCUCCCAUUUGGCCUUUUAAUAUCCUUUUUUGUUAGUGCACUGUGGAAUUUUAUGUUGAGAAGUUCAUUUUAAGUUGUCAACAAAUGAUUUCAUUGUUGUACUCUCUCUUUUUUUUGGUAGGAAAUCUUGUCAGCUGCAAAGAAAAGCAGAGUUGAAGAUCAGGUAUAUCAGCUUUGCUUAAAUCUUGUUUGUAAAUACUGAUUGCCUUGGAGUUACACGUUUCGUAUCAGCGCCUCAUGUUUCGGUACAUAAAUGAGCAUGGCACAGCAGCCUUUUGCUUGUUUCUGAAAUUUCCUUUAACAACUGUGAAGAUGGAUUUAUUACAUAUCAAAGAAAAGUAACUAGAGGAGAAUCUAAAUUGGAUUAUUUUUAAGCUAUUUGGUCUAAAGACAUGUCAGUACAACAGAGAAAGGAACAUAGAAACUCCCCCCUUCCAAUGGUUCAAUUAAGUUUGUGGAGAGGAUAUAUUUUAGAAGAUUUGGAUAAAGUGACGUUUUGAUGACUUGGGUUGUGAUGAUAAAAGAAGCAGCACAUGAAUUCAUGCCUAUUCCCUUUUCUUUAUCCGUUUUAGUUUUCCUCCUCCCAUUUUGUAUCAUAAUGUUUGAUGGUGUUUGUAUUUUGCCUUUAUUUAUAAAUUCGUAGUAAGUUUGUGAAAUAUUUGUCUAUCAACGUCUUUCUGCAGAAUGAAAGCUCUCCUCCAAAACUGUGUACAGAAGAACUCCAGAAUAACGGGGACUCAAAUAGCAUCAUCAAGGACAGACUGGCACAGGCGGUGCGUAACACUGCCAAGCAGUUCGUCGACCCAGUACGGAAAUUUAACGGGCAGCCUGUGCCCUUUCAGCAACCCAAGCUCUUCACUGGAGGGAUAAUGAGGUGGUACCAAGUUGAAGGCAUGGAAUGGCUUAGGGUAAGGAUUUAACUCGACUCAAAAACUUAAUCGUUGUGUUAUAGAAGAGUAAAAGAAGCCAUGUUUCCAGUUGGCUAGAUCUUUGGUGCAGUCGCUUUAAAUUAGCAAGUACUUGUGAUACUGAUCUCAAACAUUACAUUUGGGGAACCGAAACUGUGAAAGCACUAACUAGGCUUUGGCAAGGAGGAGAGAGGAUUCUAGGACCCAGAGUGUGCACAAUGCUCUUGGUUGUUUAGUCGUGUCCGACUCUUCGUGACCCCAUGGACCAGAGCACGCCAGGCACUCCUGUCUUCCCACAGUUUGGUCAAACUCAUGUUCGUAGCUUCGAGAACACUGUCCAACCAUCUCGUCCUCUGUCAUCCCCUUCUCCUUGUGCCCUCCAUCUUUCCCAACAUCAGGGUCUUUUCCAGGAAGUCUUCUCUUCUCAUGAGGUGGCCAAAGUAUUGGAGUCUCAGCUUCAGGACCUGUCCUUCCAGUGAGCACUCAGGGCUGACUUCCUUGAGAGUGGAUAGGUUUGAUCUUCUUGCAGUCCAUGGGACUCUCAAGAGUCUCCUCCAGCACCAUAAUACAAAAGCAUCAAUACACCGCCCUAAAUCCGCCCCUAACUUGACCACAAUUCAUGCACCAUUCCCCACGAUGCCUAAGAAGCUUUUAACUGAGGUUUGAUGGUAGUUCCUGACUUAACAGUAAUGGCGGCUGUUCCAUUUCCGGCGGAUGCCGCUUCUAGAGACUUGGAUAGUGAGUAAAUGGAAACUGAAAGCAGCUAAGCAGCUCUAAAGCAUGGUUUGCCUGUACAUUGGAAGCUCAGUCCAAUAAUCACUGUUACCAAUAUUAAGUAAUUCUUGAAAACAAUAGGCUACACUUGUGAAAGAACAUUAACUGGAUUGUAAAUGUUGGGCAAGUCAAAUUUCAAUGAUAUCCAUUAAUCGGGUGUAAAGAAAAUGUUUUUCUCUCUCUCUUGUAUGCAGAUGCUCUGGGAGAAUGGCAUCAAUGGCAUUUUGGCUGAUGAAAUGGGCUUAGGAAAGACAAUCCAAUGUAUCGCAACAAUAGCAUUGAUGAUAGAGAGAGGGGUCACUGGGCCAUUUCUGGUAUGUGGGCCCCUGUCCACGCUUCCUAACUGGAUGGCAGAAUUCAGAAGGUUUACUCCUAAGGUAAAAAUGACUUUUAAAGUAAUGGAACAAAACUCUUUUUUAUGAGAGGACCACAUCCUGCAUUGCGGGGGGGGGGGGGGGUUGGACUAGAUGACACUUGAGGCACCUUCCAACUCUACAAUUCUGUGAUUCCCGGGGGAACUUUUAGCCACUUCCAAGGCUUCUGGAAUUGGUCUGUAUGCUUUGCCAAGCAGUUGCAAUGAUGGGAUAAGAACUGGGUAUAUGUACCGACGUUUGUUUCUGGCUGUUGGUGGUUUGCUUCAAACGACAGUCUUGGAACAAGGUCCAUUCAUUUCAAGAUCUUCCAAUCCAACUAGUGUAUUGCAGUCACAGACCAGCAGUUUUUUCAAGAUCUUAAUAAAUUAUUUUGUGCUAGUUCUUAAGGGCAGGCAUAUCCAAAGUCUGCUUUAGGACCCAAUUUGGCCCUCUAGCCAGUUAUAUCAGGCCCCUGUGGCAGUUCAUUUAUUGCUGUCAAAUUCUUAAAAAAAAGGUCAAUAACUUUGAUCCUGAAAAAAAUUAAAACGCAUGUUCACUUCCAUCAAAUCUGGCCCUCUUUGAAAAAUGUUUGGGCACCCCUGUCUUAAGGGCUUUAAACGUCUUAUUUGUUAAUGAGGAUGUGAGGGGCAACAGAGGAGGUGUUGGAGACGGAGAAGAGGACCGUAACAUUUAGUCAAAUUAGUUAAACUAAAAGACUGACUAAAAUAUCCCACUGAUUGGACAGCACUCUGAAAAUGCUGGCUUUUAAAAAUACAGUGGUACCUUGGGUUACAUUCGCUUCAGGUUACAGACUCUGCUAACCCAGAAAUAGUACCUCGGGUUAAGAACUUUGCUUCAGGAUGAGAACAGUAAUCGUGCUGCGGCGGCAGCAGGAGGCCCCAUUAGCUAAAGUGGUACUUCAGGUUAAGAACAGUUUCAGGUUAAGAACAGACCUCUGGAAUGAAUUAAGUACUUAACACAAGGUACCACUGUACUUAAAAACUGUAGGUGAUAGGUACCAUCUUACCGAAGCAUCGCCUUCUGUAUUUCUUGCUCUGUGUUACCUGCUUUUAUUUGCUAUUGUUGAAGACGUUAACCUUAUUAUAAUUGGUACUGAUGGUUGUUGCUUUAAUCCUGUUUCCCAAACAUAUAGAGAGAAUGCCUAAAUAAAUCUUACUUCCGGGUUCUCCUGAGCUGUUUUGGGGAAAUCGUGUUGGGAGUUCCCCUUAAGGGUUUUUCUUGUUUGUUUCUGUAAACCUCAGGAUUCCUCUCAGCUUGCUGAUACCUCCCUCAUGCAUAAAUGGGUUUUUUUUCGGGGGGGGGGGUUGGCUACAUAAGCAAAUUACAUUCACAUCCUGAACUUUGGAUACGGCGGAAGUGUUGGGGGAAUUAAUGGCAUUUUAAUACUGUACCCAUGGGGUCUACAUAGGAUUUGGUUGACACUUUUGUUUUUAAAAAAAUAUUUUUAGGUUCCUAUAAUGCUGUAUCACGGGACCCAGCAAGAACGGCGUUCGUUGGUUCAUAAAAUCCGAAAGAGAGAUGGUUCUCUGAAUGUCCAUCCUGUGGUCAUUACUUCUUUUGAAAUAGCUAUGAGAGACAGAAAUGCCCUUCAGGUGCGUACAAAAAUGCUAUUCCAUAAGUAUGGUCACUCCUGGUCCCUGACAGAACCUCAGCUGAUGCUACGUGUGAAUUAGGAGGGGUCAUUAAGUGUUGAAGGCUCAGAGUUAUCAGUCUUGUGGAAGGUGAACAGAAUAAAAUGGCAUCAUUGUACCAUUGUAAAAAAAAAGUAAAGGUAGAGGAUCCCUGACCGUUAAGUCUAGUCGCGGACGACUCUGGGGUUGCAGCCCUCAUCUCGCUCUAUUGGCCAAGGGAGCUGGCGUAUAGCUUCCGGGUCAUGUGGCCAGCAUGACUAAGCCGCUUCUGGCGAACUAGAGCAGCGCACGGAAACGCCAUUUACCUUCCCACUGGAGCGGUACCUAUUCAUCUACUUGCACUUUGACGUGCUUUCGAACUGCUAGGUUGGCAGGAGCAGGGACCGAGCAAUGGGAGCUCACCCCGUCGCGGGGAUUCAAACCGUCAACCUUCUGGUCGUCAAGCCCUAGGCUCAGUGGUUUAGACCACAGUGCCACCCGCGUCCAAAGCUACUAAUCAAACAGCACGUAUGGCGAAUGAUGAGUUGUGUUGCUACCUGUGGUAAUCAGUGCAGCACUGCUGCAUAUAAACUACAGACGCACUGAGGACAAAGUUUAAAUUUACAGCAACUAUUUAUAGUGAAAGACCAGGUUCUGAGUUCUUCGGGGGGAAGCCUUUUUCUUUGUCACCCCACCCUCACAAGUGUACUUGGUAGGGAUGUGGAAGAGGGUCUACUUAGUGGUGGCUCCUCCUAGAUUACGUUGGACUUCCUCCCUGGAGAAGCUAGACUGGCUCCCUCCUUGUUGUCUUUCUGCCGGCAGGUGAAAGCUUUGGUCCAAUAGGCUUAUGGGAACUGAAUGCUUUUAAUGAAAGGGUUGGUGCUAUGCUGGUUUUAUUGCAAUUAUAUGUAUGCUUUUAAUAGAACUUAAAUAUUUUAUCCUAUUAAUUUUUAAUUCUUUGUUAAUGAUAGGGGGGAAAGCACUGUUUUUAUUUGUUCUGAUUUUAAUCUGUAAUCCGCCUUGAGUCCCUGUCAGAGGGAGUGGGGGGGUAUAAAUAUAUAAUAAUAAUGGCUGUCUCUAUUAGUAUUAUAACGUGUUAAAUUACGUUUUAAGUAAUGAGUCUUAUGAUUUUCUGGAAACUGCUCUUUUAGAAAACAGAAUAAAGCAAUAUAAGUGCUAUGGCAAAUUACCAAAAUUUCACAGCUAACUAAUCCAGACACAAUCCUUUUUUCUUUUUUUUCUUUUUUUGGGGGGGAACCUGUGCAAUGAACAGAUUGACACAUAUGAAAAUAUGUUUUUAAAAGUAUGUUUUUUUUCUUUGCUUGUUGGAAAUUUUGAAUUUCCGCUUCCGUUGGAGGGGAAUUGUCUCUUAAAAUACACACAGUAAGAGACAAUGAUGAUGAAAGGUUAUAAGCCCUGUUUGACAUAUAUUAGCUUUUGGUGGAAAAGAAGGGCAUAUGGAUGGAUGGUUGUGGUUUUUUUGAGGUAACCAGUGACUUCUCUUCUCCAGAACUUGUACUGGAAAUACUUGAUAGUGGAUGAAGGACACAGGAUUAAGAAUAUGAAUUGCCGCCUUAUACGGGAAUUAAAACAGUUUCGCACCGACAAUAAACUUCUGCUAACUGGAACUCCCUUGCAAAACAACUUAUCCGAGCUUUGGUCCCUGCUUAAUUUUCUGCUUCCUGAUGUGUUUGAUGACUUGAAAAGGUAGGCAGUGAAUCCCCCCCCCCCCCCGUGUUAAAAUAUGAUAUAGCAAAUGUCUGAAGUUUGGUAAAUGGCCGACAAUCCCAGACAAACUUCUAAUACCUGAAAAGAAAUAAAUAUCUUCAGCAAAGCAGGCUGUUCUUAUAUAAAUUGCUCCCACCGCUCUUUCCAGCAGACGGGGUUAUGUUAAGAGGCACUUUCUGUAAAAAGAAGCCCCUUCCAUUUUUGGCCCUGUUUAGCUCCAAAGCACAAUGGCAGUUUGUCACAUGGCAAAGUAUCCUGACUUUCCCUUUCCACCCUUCUGUGGAAUAGUUGAUGGGCUGUCCUUGAAGACUAAUCAGUAACUUCAUUUUGUCCAAAAUGCAGCUGGCAGAUUACUGGCUGGGAUUCUCAUGCGCCCUCCCCCCCUUUUAAAACAGCUGCCCUGGUUGCCAGUUGGUUUUUAGGCCCAAUUUAGCAUUCAAAGCCAUAAAGAGCCCAAGUCCCAAAUGCCUGAAAUUCUGCCCCCUUCCCUACAGACCCUGUCGGGUGCAGAUAUUGGCAGAGACAGCCCCCUUUUGGUAGUUCACUCCUGCGAAGACAUUCCCUUGAUGAACCAUAAUUCGCAGAUCCCGAGCUUUCAUUUAAAGACAGGCAGACUUUCUGGUAUUUAUAGGACUUUAGAUGUGAAGUUCUGUUUUAAUUUCUUGCGGAAAAACUAGCCUGCUUCCCUGUUUCAGUGCUUUAUUUGUCCAGCUCCCUAAAAUAAACAAAUUCUGCAGGUCCAGGCAUUCAGAGAUUUGGGAGCACAGUAUAAACUUAUCCUGAAAUGACCUUAUUAUACAGGUUUAGUUUUUUAAACGUGGAACGUUAAGCUAAUAUUUUAUCCAGUAAUUGCAGGUUUUGUUUCACAUAGGUUUUCAGGAAAUGUACCUGAAAUCCCCUGAAACUCUGGUUAAUGCUACAUGCAGGGAUUUGGGUGUGUAGUGGAUUUUCUUACGGAAGGAUAUAUUAUUGCACUUGCAGGGGAUUUAAUUUUCGGUGUUGAAUUCAGUGCCUUGCUUAUCAAAUUUCUAGAUUUUAAGAGGUGUGGAAGCUUUUAUUUCAAGGAAGGGGUGAGGAUUGAGUAGUUUCAGCUCUCUGCAUUCUUCUUUUUACCUCCCUUAACAAGCCGAGUAAAUUAAGGCAGCAGCAAAUACGUUCAAAUUUGGAUAAUCUAUACAGGCCUUUGCUUUCUUCAGCCCAGAACCCACCUGCACAUCUCACCAGUUCUUAAAUUUGUCUCCCACUUUUGUUUCCUUCACCACAGCUUUGAGUCCUGGUUUGACAUCACUAGUAUAUCGGAAAUAGCGGAAGACAUUGUUGCUAAGGAAAGAGAACAGAACAUCUUGCAUAUGCUGCAUCAGGUCUGUUCCGAUUGCUUAAAGUGAGCGAAUCAUCUGAAUAGUAGCCUUGUUGGUCUCUUGAAGCAAAAACAUCUUGUGGCAUCUUUGACAAACUUCUUAUGACGCACACAAAUUCAAAACCAAAUGCCACUAUAACUGUUAGUCUUUGUUGGGCCUCAACUUUGGACUAGCCUCACUAAACAGAUUCAGCUGGUACUGACUUUUGAUUCCUUUUGGACACUACGAGUAUUAAAUUUUCUAAAACGCUUGGCUUUAAUGGUAAAUUUUUACAGUUGUACUAAUUUUUGGUGUGUGCUUGUACAGUGGUGCCUCGCAAGACGAAAUUAAUCCGUUCCGCGAGUGUCUUCGUGUACCGGUUUUUUCGUCUUGCGAAGCAACCCUAUUAGCGGAUUAGCGGCUAUUAAAGGCUUAGCGGCUUAGAAAAAGGGGGGGGGGAGCGAAAAAAAAAUCUCAAGGCUCGCAAGACAUUUUCGUCUUGCGAAGCAAGCCCAUAGGGAAAUUCGUCCUGCGAAGCGCAUUGAAAACGGAAAACCCUUUCGUCUAGCGGGUUUUCUGUCUUGCGAGGCAUUCGUCUUGCGGGGCACCACUGUAUUGCAUCUUUAUUUUGCCUUAACCUUAUGUGUGCCUAAAUAUGUAUACAAAUUUUGGGAGCCUGGGGGCAGGAUGGAAGCGGCCCAUGGACUGGGGGUUGGGAACCAGGUGUGCAGCCUGGGAGUAAUUUUGGACUCACAGCUGUCCAUGGAGGCGCAGGUUAAUUCUGUGUCCAGGGCGGCUGUCUACCAGCUCCAUCUGGUACGCAGGCUGAGACCCUACCUGCCUGCGGACUGUCUCGCCAGAGUGGUGCAUGCUCUGGUUAUCUCCCGCUUGGACUACUGCAAUGCGCUCUACGUGGGGCUACCUUUGAAGGUGACCCGGAAACUGCAAUUAAUCCAGAACGCAGCAGCUAGACUGGUGACUGGGAGUGGCUGCCGGGACCACAUAACACCGGUCCUGAGAGAUCUGCAUUGGCUCCCAGUACAUUUCCGAGCACAAUUCAAAGUGUUGAUGCUGACCUUUAAAGCCCUAAACGGCCUCGGUCCUGUAUACCUGAAGGAGCGUCUCCACCCCCAUCGUUCUGCCCGGACACUGAGAUCCAGCGCCGAGGGCCUUCUGGCGGUUCCCUCAUUGCGAGAAGUGAGGUUACAGGGAACCAGACAGAGGGCCUUCUUGGUAGUGGCGCCCGCCCUGUGGAAUGCCCUCCCUUCAGAUGUGAAGGAAAUAAGCAGCUAUCUUCUUUUUAAAAGACAUCUGAAAGCAGCCCUGUUUAGGGAAGUUUUUAAUAUUUAAUGCUGUAUUUAUUAGGCGGGGUAUUUAUUAUUAUUAUUAUUAUUAAAAGUUCCUUGCGAGUCUUUGCUUUUAUUCAGUGUUGAUCACGUCUACUGGGCUCCAUGGGAUGUAAGAGCGUACCGGGGUACAAGUACAACCUUUUCCUGCAGCUACACAUAAUACAUACUUCAUAGUGCAGUGCAGGACAUGAUACCCUUUGAAAAUAGUCAUCUUUCCCCUGUUUUCUUUCCCUUCAUAGGCUAAAAAUACUUAAGUUGCGUUGUGUGGGCUGUUAUUAUAAUGGUGAAUACAGAGGAGUGCUUCACUUUACCAAGGGAGAUUUAGCAUACGGUUAAACUUGUGUCCUGUAUUUAUCAAAACCAGAAGUGCUGUGCCUUUUAAAGAAGCUUUUUGAGUAUUAUGCGUCAUAUAUAAGGGAUCUGACCAAUGCCAUUAUCGGACAAACAAGCAUAACACUGCACAGUGUGCAGAAACCCCGUCUUUGUAUAUUGUUGCAUUUCCCUUUCGAGCCAGCAGCGUUCUAUUAUUUAAGCUUGAGUUGUUGGAAACUUUCAUAUCUGAAACUUUUUUCAACUCUAGAUUUUGACCCCUUUCUUGCUGAGACGACUGAAAUUGGAUAUCGCUCUAGAAGUUCCUCCCAAACGUGAAGUUGUGGUCUAUGCGCCCCUGGUCAAGAAGCAAGAAACGUUCUACAGUGCCAUUAUAAACAAGACCAUUCGAAAGCUGCUGGGAAACAGUCAGGUGCGUGCUGUGAUGCCCAGGUUAUCCUAAUCAUAUCAACUUACAUUUUGGCCUCAAAUCAGUUUAUUUUGGCCUCUGCAACUGCAGAUGGGAUGCCUUUCUGUUUCUGAAGACAUUCAUUUUAAAAAAACAUGUUGCAUAUGACUGUGAAAUUUGAGCAAAACUCUAGAGCAAAGGUUCUCAAAAUAAGAGAAUAUUGUGUGCAUUUCUGCUAAAGAAAAACCCAGUGGUGCUUGUUUUCAUCUAUUAUAUGGAACGUUCAAAAGGUUUGUUCUGUUUUUUUGUCACUGAACAGAGAGUUAGAAACAAGUUCGUUCGGAGUAUGUGACCUAUUUUCUUAUCACAGCUGCUUUUUGGGUUUUUUCCCAAUGCAUCACAGUGAACUGUAGCAAUGUUUUCCACUAUUUAGGAAGAAGCUGUUGAGCUGAGCUCUACAGGCCGGCCAAAGCGGCGCAGUCGGAAGGUGGCUAGUUACCGUGAGCUUGAUGAAGAUGAUUUUCCUGAUCGACUGGAGCAGAUGAUAGCCGAAAUGCAAGAGGAAGUUGAAAAAGAGAGGUAUUUAUCUAACCAUGGCUUGUGUAUUUGCACUUAAACUGGUGGCAUAUACAAAGAACCAUCACAGUAGAGAGUUGGAGAAUAAACUGUCUCUAUAAAAUGUGGUGUUGUACAGAUGAUUGAGCAGUCCUUUACUUACCUUACCUCUGAAUCCAGAGAUAGUAUCACCAAUACAGUGGUACCUUGGGUUAAGAACUUAAUUCAUUCUGAAGGUGUGUUCUUAACCUGAAGCAUCACUUUAGCUAAUGGGGCCUCCUGCCGCCACUGUGCAAUUUCUGUUCUCAUCCUGAAGCAAAGUUCUUAACCAAAGGUACUAUUUCUGGGUUAGCGGAGUCUGUAACCUGAAGCAUCUGUAACCCGAGGUACCACUGUAUCAGGAAGAACUUUCUGACACUAAGAGCUGUUGGGAUAGCAGAACGGACUCCCCCAGGAGGUGUUGACUAUCCUUCGUUGGAGAUUCUUAAGCACAGGUUGGAUGGCCAGCUGUCAUGGAUGAUCUAGUUGAGAUUCCUGCAUUGCAGAGAGUUGGGAUAACAUGCACAUUUCAUGCUAGAGAUCGCGGUCUUGAAUCCAGGAGACAACCUCUCGUCCCCCACAAGCAGGGGCAUCUGAGCUCAACGUGCAGACUCGCUGCAUGAGCCAUCCAGCCUUUUCAGGCCACCCUUCCCCCAAGCCGACAUUUUUGAAUAAGUCAGUGCAGAAAUCAUAGAAUCGUAGAACUGCCGAGUUGGAAGGGACCACGAGAGUCAUCUAGUCCAACCCCCUGCAGUGCAGGAAUAUUUUGCCCAAUGUGGGGCUAGAACCCACAACCCUGAGAUUACGAGUCUCGUGCUCUUCCAACUGAACUAUUAAGAAGGUAAAAUGAAGAACUUAUUGAAUAAAUUAAAUUAUUGAGCACACCAGUCUCAUGCAUGUAGUAGCCAGUGUCCCCAGAUUCCUCGACUUCAGUUAAACACAGGUGUAAAUUCUCCCUUGAGGUUUUUUCAGAUCAGGAAGUGUGAGCAGCCAGGGAGGCUGCAGAACUUUGGAGAAAUAGAAAGAAAAGCACAGGGCUCUUUUGCAGGGGAAGAACACUUUUAAGGAAAAUGGAGAACAGGUUUCAGAGUAUAGAACUAGCCCUUUUCUAACAUUUCCCCAGUUCUUACACAUGCAACGCAGGGCACAUGCACCCCCCCCCACUUUUGUUUCUCUCUCAAGUCCAAAGCUAAUGAGAACUCUGGAGUAGAAUUCUUGCACUUUAAAGAAUAUCAUCAUUUUUAAAUUUUGUAACCUUUCUCCAGGACCGGGAACCAAAUUGAGACAUUUCGGGAGCAGGCAGCCUUCUAGCCCCGUGUUUUAUUGAAAGGUCAAUUGCUUUGCAAUCAACACUGACCAGUUUCCCCUGCUAUUGCCACCAAGGCUCAGUGCCCUUGUUUCACACCCAGAAUCCAUCCCAGCAGGCUGCCCCCUCCAUCCCUUUUCUGCUAGCACACUUGGUUUCUGUGCUCCCAGCAGAGGAAGGAAGACCAGUCUUCGGCCUGUUUGAUGGAAUGCAUUUUUUGCUAUCUUGCUCAGAGGCUGGUACAGUGGUACCUCACAAGACGAAUGCCUCGCAAGACGAAAAACGCGCAAGACAAAAGAGUUUUCCGUUUUUUGAGUCGUUCCGCAAGACGAAUUUCCCUAUGGGCUUGCGAGUUCUUGCGAGUUUGUUUCCUUUUUCUUAAAGCUGCUAAGCCGUUAAUAGCCGCUAAGCCGCUAAGAGCCGUGCUUCGCAAGACGAAGAAACCGCAAGACGAAGAGACUCGCGGAACGGAUUAAUUUCGUCUUGCGAGGCACCACUGUAUCUCUUCGCUGUGGCUCUACAGCCAUUGUGAAAACACAGGCUGCUAGCAACGUAGUAUCUUUUGUGGGCUUAGCUAGAUUCCAGCUGUAAUUUUCAUUGUCGUUUGAUUCCAUCAUGCUUAUAAACUCGCUUGUCGUUUGCAAGGCCAGUAAUAGAAAUGAGUAUGCCGUUGGAUUCAGAAAUCAACCUGAAGUUGCAGAACAUUAUGAUGUUACUGAGGAAGUGUUGCAACCACCCAUACCUUAUUGAAUAUCCAUUGGACGCUGCCACCCAGCAGUUUAAGGUAUUUCCUCCCAUCGCUUACUUAAAAGGCCUUUUGUUCAUUCCAAUGUUGUUUGAAUGGCUUCGCCUGAUGGCAUCGCAGUUUGAUUUGCAGAGAACAGUUCGCUCUCGUGAAUGAAGUGGGUGACGAGCAGUCAAAAGACUCAUGUCAGGACUUUGAAAGAGGACAGGAGAGCUUCCUUACAUCCCACAACUUCUCUCAUCUUCCAACCACCUUAGCACACUAUGCAAAGAAUUGCUGACACCGCCAUAAGUCCAGCCACAAGAUUAUUGCACGCCCAGCCAGUAGGGCAGUCUAUAGAGGAGGCUGCGACACUGAUGCCCAGUUGAAAAUGCCCAAGGCCACUGUUUGAGGGAAGCUACACUAUUGUAUCGCUCCCUCUUAUUUGCCUUUGCUUGUGUGCAAAAGUUAUUUGCUAAGAGAGAAUAGGCUCCUAACCUCACAAUGGAGCAGUUUUCUAUAACCUAGAACUUUGCCCUAACCUAGAAUGAGUGUGUGUGAGGGGGGGGGAAUUUAACCAUACAGUUUGUUACCUGGGGUUAUCUUCCCACCCAAUUUUUUAAAAAACAGAACCCAGAAAAUCAAGACACACCGACUUUGAUUUAUUGUAUUGGAAGGUUCAGGGACGCGGGUGGCGCUGUGGGUUAAACCACAGAGCCUAGGACUUGCCGAUCAGAAGGUCGGCGGUUCGAAUCCCCGUGACAGGGUGAGCUCCCGUUGCUCGGUCCCUGCUCCUGCCAACCUAGCAGUUCGAAAGCAUGUCAUGUACAAGUAGAUAAAUAGGGGCCGCUCCGGCAGGAAGGUAAACGGUGUUUCCGUGCUGCUCUGGUUCACCAGAAGCGGCUUAGUCAUGCUGGCCACAUGACCCGGAAGCUGUCUGCAGACAAACGCUGGCUCCCUCGGCCUAUAGAGCGAGAUGAGCGUGCAACCCCAUAGUCAGUCACGACUGGACCUAAUGGUCAGGGUUCCCUUUACCUUUAUUAUUGGAAGGUUCAAACAUCUCAGCAUUUAACUUUCAGUCGGUUGUCUUUUCGAUACUUUCUUCAACAUUUCUUAUAAUUUUGGGCCCGUUAGAAGAACAUUCAAACAGUGCACUGUGUUUUAUACAUAGCUUUUAUUGGUGGUGGUUUAGACUUCAGAGGCUUUUUUUUCCAACUCCAGGCUCUUUUCCUGGUGCCAUUCUUGAGGCCUGCCAACAAGGGGAUAAAACCUACUGGGGUAAAUAACCCUGGAACCACCGGGCAGGGGAUGGGAGAGGAAGGGGCAGUGAGUUCAAAUUGUCCUUUUUAGCUGUUCACCAGUGACGCUAUUGCUUGAUGAAAUGUUUUGGAAGAAAUGAAGGCAGCAUAGUUACAAACAUCAUUGCCAGAAGAGCAGGGAAAGCUGUUAUGGAAAGCAGAGUUGAGGAAGCUGUGGCUCUUCCGAUGGGCUGCAUCUCCCAUUACUCCUGCCGUGCUGAUCAGGGACCAUUGCGGGUUGGAGUCCCAACAGGUGACUAGAGGGCCACAGGUUCCUCGUGCGAAGCUAGUUGCUUCUAAUGCAAAUAUGAUUUAUUAAUAAUAAUAAUAAUAAAUUUUAUUUAUAUCCCGCCCUCCCCAGCCGAAGCCGGGCUCAGAGCGGCUAACAUCAAAUGUAUACUACAUUAACAUAAAAUCAGAGAAUCAAUUAAAAUUCAUCCUCAAAUCAGAUCAGGAUCAUAAUAAAAUCCAAUCGGAUGGCAACCCGCUGAUUAGGGUUGGGACCUUAAAUGCUCACCAGGCCCAACUGUUUGUGCUGAACUUAUAUGGGCCUGUGAGAAAAAUUGGGAGGCCACUUUCAUGCAAGUUCUUAUGAAAGGGGAGAGGGAGUCAGAUUGAACCCCGACUAAAGGCCUGGCAGAACAGCUCAGUCUUGCAGGCCCUGCGGAAAGAUGUCAAGUCCCGCAGGGCCCUAGUCUCUUGUGACGGAGCGUUCCACCAGGUAAAGGUGCCCCUGAUCGUUAGGUCCAGUCGUGGAUGACACGGGGGUUGCGCGCUCAUCUCGCUCUAUAGGCCGAGGGAGCCAGCAUUUGUCCACAGACGGCUUCCGGGUCAUGUGGCCAGCAUGACUAAGCCGCUUCUGGCAAACCAGAACAGCGCACAGAAAUGCCGUUUACCUUCCUGCCGGAGUGGUACCUAUUUAUCUACUUGCACUUGACGUGCUUUUGAACUGCUAGGUGGGCAGGAGCUGGGACCGAGCAACAGGAGCUCACCCCAUCGCAGGGAUUCAAACCACCAACCUUUUGUUCAGCAAGCCCUAGGCUCUGUGGUUUAGACCUAUGAUUUAAUUAGAAUGUCCUAAAUUGUACGUGUGUGUUCUUGCAUCAAGGUCGACGAAGAUCUAGUGAAGAGUUCGGGCAAAUUCUUACUCUUGGAUCGCAUGCUGCCAGAACUAAAAAAACGAGGACACAAGGUAUUGUUAGUUUGUGGUGUUACCAGAAGUUAUUUGCCUGGACACCUGAGUUCACAUUAUUGAAGAAUCUUUGCUCUGUUCAGGUGCUGCUGUUCUCACAGAUGACAAAAAUGUUGGAUAUUCUGAUGGACUAUUGCUAUCUGAGGUCGUACGAGUUCAGUCGCCUAGACGGGUCCAUGGCGUAUGCAGAGAGGGAAGAAAACGUAGGUGAUAAAUUUAUUGUAUCCUGGUUUGUUUGACUCUUCUGAGAUUCCCUUUGCAUCGCAGCAGAGAACUUUUAUCAACAGAGUUUAGCUAGAAAUAUCAGCAAGUUCUGGCUUAGUCUAUGAACUCACUAGCCUGAGGCAGCCUCACCACCCACUUCAGUGCCGGGAUUUCUCAAAGAUGAUGCUUGAAAAGUUGUUAUUUGUGUUCUGCUUAUUAUCAGUAGGUAGCUUGCGCCUUAAAAUGUAUUGAUGACAUGUUUAGGUAGAAGCUGUCCUGACUAACUGAGGCGGUGAUGAAAUUGCAGUUGAAAUUAAGUCUUACACUAACAUCUGUAGUCCUCUUUGAACAUGUGCUUCACUUAUACAAUAGUCAUUGUGUGACAUAGUCUGUGGAUGCACUGGCAAGUCCUGUCCCCAGGGCUCAGCGCUUUGGCCAUCCUUGCAGCCCUUCAUGAUUUAUGGGGAUUGUUUCUGAACUGGGGAAUCUUCACAGUUCGUGGAGGCUCCCUGCAUGAUUUAGAACCCUGUUGGUUCACUGUUUAGUGACUGUUUGGUUGGCACCAUAAACCACAUUAUUAACCUAAUGUGUUUACCGUUUGUCAUUUGCAGAUAAAUAAGUUUAACACAGAUCCGGAGGUUUUUAUCUUUCUGCUGAGCACACGGGCUGGAGGUCUUGGCAUUAAUUUGACGGCAGCGGACACAGUAAUCAUUUAUGACAGUGACUGGGUAUGUUUCGCAUGUUGACGUGUAUAAAUUGUCAUGGGCCCUGGUCUCAAAGGGCUGUAUGCUGAGUGACACACAUGGGGAGGGGGGCUUCAGGGAUCAGAGUUGGAAAGGAUCCCGAGGGUAAUCUAGUCCAACCCCCUGCAAUGCAGGAAUCUCAGUUAAGUGUUUUAUGGUGGCAGCCGUCAGCACUGCCCAGCAAGCUGCCUCCAAAGCCUGGUGCAGAUGGAGAAAUAGUUCUCCAGGGAAGCAUGAUGAGAGGAAGAUUUAUAUUUCUGCCCCUCUUAAAUUCAGAUUCUAUGAAGAGCCUGUUCUGGUUCUACAGGAACAUGCCAACUUCUAAACAGCUCACAGGAAUGGCAUGAGGCUUAGAAGAUUUUGUUUCAGAAAUUCCAAAGUUCAGUCAAGCAAUUAUGUAUUUUUAAUCUCUGUAUCAACUAAACCAGGCAUAGGCAAACUCGUCCCUCCAGAUGUUUUGAUACUACAAUUCCCAUCAUCCCUGACCCUGUUAGCUAGGGAUGAUGGGAGUUGUAGUCCCAAAACACCUGGAGGGCUGAGUUUGCCUAUACCUGAACUAAACAACUCUGGCUGAGGUACAGCACUUUACAUCAGAUUGAAAUAAGCAGGAAAAGUGAAAUUAAGAAAACCCCAGCGAGUCUUUUUUGCUAGGUAGAAUGGAGCAUGUGGCCUGCAGGCAGCAAGUCAGAUCAGGCAUCACCACAGCAGCACUUUGUAAACUUUUCUUAUUUCUCUUUCCCCCCCAACCCCAGAUGUUUAGUGGUUUCUGCAUUCCUGGCAGUCAGGAGGGGUCACAUUUUGUGUGUGUGAAAUACAUUUGUAAGGUAGAAGCCUGCCUUAGCUGUUGCUAGUUGAAGUAGACAAUAAUGGACUAUGUGGACUACUGGUCCAACCCAGCAUAAAGCAGUUCCAUAUAUUCAUAUAUUUUUCCUUAAUCUCAAACUUGCAGAAAGCUAGAACCUUUUUUCUGUUUUUUCUGGGAAAGCUGGCACUGCCUGCAAAAAAAGGGGAAACAAACCCCUUAAUCUGAGGUCAAUUUUAUCUCUGGAGUUCAUUUCCCUUCUUUCCCAUUCUUAGAACCCUCAGUCUGACCUCCAGGCCCAAGACCGAUGUCACCGAAUAGGCCAGACAAAGCCGGUGGUCGUCUAUCGCUUUGUAACUGCAAACACCAUCGAUCAGAAGAUUGUGGAGAGAGCUGCUGCCAAAAGGAAGUUAGAGAAGCUGAUUAUCCACAAAAGUUAGUAGCAACUUCAUUUUUCUUACCAAAAUUGACAGGUUUUCCUUCUUGGGCUAAUAGUUAUGAAUGUGGUUUCUCUAAAUGUACAAGGCGUGACCAGAAAGUUCGAUGAAUGGUCACAGAAAUCAGACAGUGAGAAAUAUUCGUACAUACAUACCUUACAGGCCUUCAAAGUAGGCCCCCUCUGACACAAUGCACUGUUGACAACGUUCAUAGAACUGUUGGGAACUUCUGAAGAAGUCCUCUUUCUGUACUGCUUUCAGUUCCCUCGUCACAGCAGCUUGGACGUGUGGAACGUUGGAAAAUCUCUGCCCUUUCAGUGCAAAUUUCAGUUUUGGAAAAAGAAAAAAAUCCGGUGGGGCCAGAUCAGGAGAAUAUGGAGGGUGGGACAGCUCAGUAACAAUCUCGCGCAGAAUAUGCAAUUCUUCCACCAUCAUUUGGACGGACAAACGCCGAUCCCACAUCAAUAACUCAUGAACUCUGUCAACAUUUGCCACCGUUCCGCUCAUCGACAGUGCCAGACUGAGGGUCAUCUUCGAUGGCUUGCCGCCCUUUACAGAAACGCUUAAACCACCCUUACAUCUUCAUCUCUGUACACAAUUGUGAGCAUUUCAUGGGUUUCCGAUGCCAAUUGUAUAUUCAAAUAAUUCUCGCUGCCUGAUUUCCGUGACCAGUCACCGAACUUUCCGGUCACACCUUGUACAUAACUUUGCUUGGCUAUGCAUUGGAUUGUGUACUGUGGUAGAACCCACAGACUUAAAUCGGCUGACGUUGAGAGCAACAAAUGAUCACACACUUAAGAGAGCUUUUGCCCACUGCUCUGCCACAAGGGCUGUUGCCAUUUGCACCGCCUUGAGCAGCAGAAGAAGAAGAGUUUGGAUUUGAUAUCCCGCUUUAUCACUACCCAAAGGAGUCUCAAAGCGGCUAACAUUCUCCUUUCCCUUCCUCCCCCACAACAAACACUCUGUGAGGUGAGUGGGGCUAAGAGACUUCAGAGAAGUGUGACUAGCCCAAGGUCACCCAGCAGCUGCAUGUGGAGGAGCGGGGGAGCGAACCCAGUUCCCCAGAUUACGAGUCUACCGCUCUUAACCACUACACCACACUGGCUCUCAGAGCAGAGUUUUGCUGCUGUGUUUCCUGGCUUCUGGGACGCACGAGACAAAAUAAUUUUGGAAGUAAACCUGCCUUGUGUUCACAAGAUUGUAGCCCGCUUGAUGGUGCUAACUAGCACUCAGCGUGUUGGGUGAGAGGCACCAUCCAAGCUGUUGAAAGGCAGAAGAAAACAGGUGGCGUCCGAUUGCAAUGGAGUUCAAAGCUUGGGCUCUUGCAAGCUCCUUGCCGUGUGCGUUGUCUCUCCUGCUGUCGCCAGAGAGAUGCAGGGCUAGUGCGGAUUCUAGACGCGACGGGGGCUUUCAGAUGUGCUGCUCUGUGGGCAGAGAACAGACUCGUUGAUGGCAGUCUCCUCCUGAAAGGAGCUGAAUCUCAGAUCCCUCCGUGAUAAGCCGAGUCAAGGUUGCAAGUAAAAAGGAGAAAAAUAGCCGUAUCCAGGCAGCAUCAGUUUCCAGUAAUCUUGACUGUAAGGCAGCACUUCGAAAAUAUGCAGGAACGUAAUGGAUAUGUGUCGGUUGUGAUGGACAGGAACAAGCAGGGAGGUGGUUCUGCAUUUUUCCUAUUACUUUGGGUCUAUAAAUAGUUAUGCCCAGGUGUCAAAAGCAACAGGACGUUAAACCAAUGAUCACCUGAUGGAAACAGUGACAGGCUUGAGGUUCUACUUCCUUUUUCCUUCAUAUGUUUGGGCGUUGGCACGUCCAUCUUUGGCUGCCACUGGCCAGCAGCCCCUGGACGGUUAGCCAAGAGGGAAUAUUUCCAUAAAAAGCACCCAUUUUGCACCGUUGGCCCUUCUCCUUUUGUAGGUCAAAGACACGUAUCAAACGUUUGCAAUCCUAGGGGGUCGUACAAACCUACCUGGGAGAACGAGUUACCAAGACCAGGUCUUGCCGUAUAACAUCAUGAAUGUUGCCCAAGUUGGCGAAAAGCAACUGGGAUCUAGGUUAAAGAUAAAGGACCUCUGGACGGUUAAGUCCAGUCAAAGGUAACUAUGGGGUUGCGGUACUCAUCUCAUUUUCAAGCCAAGGAAGCCGGUGUUUGUCCACAGACAGCUUUCCGGGUCCUGUGGCCAGCAGGACUAAACCGCUUCUGGCGCAACGGGACACCGUGACGGAAACCAGAGCGCAUGGAAAUGCCGUUUACCUUCCUGCUGCAGUGGUACCUAUUUAUCUACUUGCACUGGUGUGCUUUCAAACUGCUAGGUUGAUGAGUUGACAGAGCAACGGGAGCUCACCCCAUCGCAGGGAUUCGAACCGCCAAUCUUCUGAUCGCCAAGCCCAAGAGACUCAGUGGGUUGGAUCACAGCGCCACCCACGUCCCAACUGGGAUCUAAUGGUGUUUCCACCACGUAAACGUGCCUGUCAAAUCAGUUUACUCGUAAGUUUUCUUGUACUGAAUGUAACGUCGCAAACCUGUUUGGGAAAUGUUUCAGAAAACUCUCUGAUCCAUAAUUGUGUGCAACGAGACAAAAUGGAAUGUGCAGAGAACAGAACGUUUAUGAACUAAUAGCUUUUGUACCAGUGUCGUGGCCAGAUGUUUCUUCAUACUGUCAGAAAGCCCAAGCAGCAGUGCUUUCUCUCUCUCAAAUAUGUUUUUUUCCCUUGUCUAACUUCAAGAUCAGUUUAAAGGUGGGAAAUUUGGAAUAAACCAGUCAAAGAGUUGCUUGGACCCCAAGGAAUUAAUGGAGCUGCUACAGUCCAGGGACUACGACAGGUAUGUCUCACUUACAAAGAAACCAUUUGGUUUAUGUGCAAAAAUUCAUUAUGCUUAUUUAAUGAAGGGUUUGUAUGUUGGAGGUGCUUUAAUGACUUGCAGUCCUAAUGGCAGGGCUUAGUUUCAAGUAAAUAAAUAUGGUUGCACUGGAACUCAGCUAUCUGAAAGUAAUGUAUACUUUCUUUCCAUCUGCAGAGAGGUUAAAGGAUCAAGAGAAAAAGUCAUAACUGACAAAGAUUUAGAGCUACUGCUGGACAGGAGUGACCUUAUUGGUAAGUACAUAUAUCAGUGUCUUUUCUAUUCUGUUGAAUCUCUCUCCAGAAACCAGUUUCAAAUGUGAACUCUGUGUGUAGCAUGAACUCUCCCAGCUGAGAGAUACAAUUCCUUAAAGGAAAGGUGGGAUUCCCCAAUUACAAUUGUUUGUUGCUGCUUCUGACCAACUAUCUGUUUUUAAAAUACUUUUGUUUCUCUGUUUUUACUGCGCAAGUUGCUUAGCACAAAAUGUGCAGCUGAUAACUCCGAUAUAUACGCACGGUUUUGCCACAAAGGAGCAGUUUUUUCUGCAGCGAUUGUGCUAGGAGAGAAACAACUGCAUUGGUAGUGACUUAACUUUCGGCCUAGCUACUUAAUCCGAUUCUUACUACUGAAUAAUUGUCAGUUUGAUUGUGUUAUCAAAAAAAAGAAUGCUAGAGUUUAAAACUACACAAGACAAAAAGUGGCUCUGUUCUUUCAGAGAGCAUGGUCUUUUUAUAAAGGAGGGCUAGGUUGGUUUGAAAGAACAACCUGGCUGUUUACUGAGACUCUAGUCUUUAUGAACACAGACAUCUUCAAGCUUUUCAGACCUAGGGCCCAUUUUUAACCCAAACAUGCAUUUUGGGGACUUUUUCCUUAAUCAUUCACCAUAUAUUUUGCACAGUAGCACUCCUGUUGCGACCCACCUUAGAUCAGGCCACAACCCACUCAAAUUUCCCGAUCCACCAGUUCAAGGCAGGUGCUCUAAACUGUGUCUUGAUUUCUUUCUCCCUAGACCAAAUGAAAACUUCUGAGCAACUUAAAGAGAAAAUGAGAGCGUUCAAGGUUUUAGAAAACUCUGAAGAUGUCAGCACAGAGUGUGUGUUUUGAGAUACAGGCAGCUGGUGACUGUAACCUUACAGUUGCUUUGUUCUUAAGAGUUCAGAAACGCAUUUCAGACUAUUGUUUUGGUUGUAUCAUUUUCCAGAAAGAAAAUAAGGCUCUAAAAUGUAACAUUACUAAGUGUAGAUGUGAAAAGAGAGCUUUUGGGCUCCCCUUGGAUUUUAGCUCCUCUGACAUUGUACAAACUGGAAAGCUAAAUACUACUAUAGUUUCCUGUGGAAGUUCUGAUAAAUGGUAGGAUUUGGAGUUUUUGGUUUUUUUACUUCUCAGUAUGCUUACUCCUUGCCCUCAACUAUAGUUUUAUUUGGUCGAUGUAUUUUGUUUCAAAGUCCAAACCUGUAUGACUUCAGUUUUUGAUAAUUCUGCUAAAUAAAUUGUUUUGUAACAAGCAGCACUUGCAAGGUAGCAGAGUUACUGCAAAUCCACGUGUUCAGUCGUCUCCUAGAAGCACUACAAGAAAUAACCCCCAGCUUGAAAUUCUACACCUGUCUCGUCAGUAAUGGUUGGUGUAAAAGUACCAACUGAUAGUAAAGAGCCAAAGAAAUUUAUCAAGGCAGGGGAGACAAUUCAGGGUACCUCCUCAUGAUGGGAAACUCAGCUC